AUGGAUGUAAAGGUAAAUAAUUGUGACUUCUGGUAUACUCUCCAUGGCCAAGUCCCUGGAAUGCUGGACUGGGACAUGGGGAAUGAAUUUUUCCUGCCUUGUACCAUGGAUCAGUGCACUUUUGCUGAGCAGAGUCUCGCCAAAUAUAAAAUCCAACUGACAAAACCACCUGAACUGCCUCAGGAGAAGAAACUCAGUUCUGAUGAUGAUGGUCCUCCCACUAAACCCAAUUUGUGGAUGUGGGUGAAUCCUAACAUUGUGUGCCCCAUCAACAGCAAGGAGCCUCCAAAUGCCAUUCAAAAAGUUCUGCCAAGUGCACCAUUGCCACAGACUGGCGAGUCUGAGUGCUUAGGGACCCAGAGAGUGGUACAGUCCUUGUCUGUUCUCCAUACCGAGCAGCAGCAGCCACAAAAGCUGCCCAUUUACUCCACUGUCCCUGAUUCCGUAGAAGAGGAGACUAAGGAACAAGAAUGCACAUCCUCUAAGAAAUACUCCAAGAAGCAGACAGUGUGCCUUGGCCCCCACCGGGAGAAGGAGUCCUGGCCACGCCCUCCUCUCAACUACAGCCAUCUAGUUGCUCUAGCAUUAAAAAGCAGCCCCUCCAGUGGCCUCAAUGUGCAACAGAUCUACAAUUUUACUCGACAACAUUUCCCCUAUUUCCGGACAGCACCAGAGGGCUGGAAAAACACCAUUCGCCACAACCUCUGCUCCCUGACCUGCUUUGAAAAGGUGCCAGUCGACCUUGAAGAUGAGCCAGAUGGAAAACCUCGCUCUUUCCUCUGGAAGCUCACUGAUGAGGGAAACCGAUUCUUUCAGGAGGACACCCGUGUCUUGGCCUAUGCUCGAAGGGAGAGCAUCAAACAGAGCAUGCGCCAACCAGAGCUGAUAGACCUCCUCUUUCAUCUUUAA